GCAGUAUCAACCAAAAACAAUUUCACUCACUUUCAUACAAAACAAUUCUGCAUGGCAUUUUCAAGACUUUUACUGUUAACAUGCAUUGUUGGGUAUUUUCUGAUUGCCAGAUCUGCAUCCAAUUUCUAUCAAGAUUUUGAUAUAACCUGGGGAGAUGGUCGUGCCAAGAUACUAAACAAUGGCGACCUUCUCACUUUGUCUCUUGACAAAGCCUCUGGCUCUGGCUUUCAGUCAAAGAAUGAAUACCUUUUUGGAAAAAUUGACAUGCAACUCAAACUAGUCCCCGGCAACUCUGCUGGCACCGUCACUGCCUACUAUCUGUCUUCAAAAGGAGCAACGUGGGAUGAGAUUGACUUCGAAUUCUUGGGGAAUUUGAGCGGUGACCCUUACAUUCUCCACACCAACGUGUUUAGCCAAGGAAAGGGUAAUAGGGAGCAACAAUUCUACCUCUGGUUUGACCCAACUGCAGAUUUUCACACCUAUUCCAUCCUCUGGAACCCUCAACGUAUUGUAUUCUCGGUGGAUGGAACUCCAAUAAGGGAGUUCAAGAACAUGGAGUCAAAGGGUGUUCCAUUCCCCAAAAACCAAGCAAUGAGGAUAUACUCAAGCCUUUGGAAUGCAGAUGAUUGGGCCACACGAGGAGGGCUUGUUAAAACCGAUUGGAGUCAAGCUCCAUUCACGGCUUCAUACAGAAACUUCAAUGCCAAUGCUUGCACUAUGUCCUCUGGAACUUCUUCUUGUUCAAACUCUGUCUCUUCUCCCAAUGCUUGGCUCUCGGAAGAAUUGGACUCCACUAACCAGGAGAGGCUCAAGUGGGUACAGAACAAUUACAUGAUCUACAACUAUUGCACCGACGCCAAAAGAUUUCCACAGGGCCUUCCCACAGAGUGCAACACUACUGCCUAAUUUUUUUUAUCAUUUUCCUUUUUAUUUCUUCUGUUGUACUUUCCAUGAUGAUAAAUUCUUUGAUUCAUUGUAAAACAUUGUUAUUUUCAUAAGUUUUCUUAAAUAUUUGCAUAAAAA